AGUUCUGCAGUGGAUGAAAUUACUGUGGGACCUCAUUGUAUUGUUUGGUCCUAUUUUUAGAUUUUUGUUGGAGUAAAUGUGGAGGAUUGAGGCUGCCUGCUUCUUCUUAAGCAUUCAUUUUGGCCAGAAGUUCUAAGAGCUUCUCAAAGAACAGUUUAUAUUAUGGAGUUAAUCUAUGUUAAUUUACAGUCUAGCAUCUGCCCACCCAGCUGGUAUAAUCUUACCAGUUGGAGGGGGGUGGUCCCUGAGGAGAUAGGUGGCUUCCCUCCAGGAGAAUGCUGGAGUGUAAAUGUGUAAAGAAAAAGCUUUGGAGAAUGUGUGGACCCUCUUGUAACUGGUUCUGGUUGGCUAACCACGUAGUCAAUGAGAAGCUCUCUGAUUGGCUUCAGAAUAAUAAAAACCUCCUGGCUGUAUCAGCUACUUCCUCUUGCCACUCUUCACUCUGGUGAUGCCUUCUUUCCCAGCUUCUGAAGGAGAAAGUAGUCAUAGCAUCUAAGCUAAAUGAUGACAACCUUAAAGAACAAAGAAGAUGAGAAAACUGAAUUAGCCAAAAGGGCUCGUAAACACAGACGGAAGGGGCAACCAAGGAAAAUAGUGCAAGGCUACACCCAGAUUAGUGACCAGGAAGAAGCUGGGGGAGAGAAGACAAGCAAUUUCAGCCAGUGUAUAGCCUGGGUACAAUGCUCCUUUCCCAGCUGUGCAAAAUGGAGACGACUACUUGGGAAUACUGAUCCCUCAGUCCUGCCAGAUGACUGGUCAUGCAGUCAAAAUACAGAUUUACAGUUUAACCAUUGUGACAUUCCUGAGGAAAACUGGUCAGGGUGUGAGACCGAUGUGGUUUAUGCUUCCUACAUCCCAGGAUCCAUCAUCUGGGCCAAGCAAUAUGGUUACCCCUGGUGGCCUGGAAUGGUAGAAUCAGAUCCUGAUCUUGGGGAAUAUUUCCUCUUUGCUUCUCAACAAGACGUCCUGCCUUCCAAAUACCAUGUGACAUUUUUUGGGGACACUGCUUCUCGAGCCUGGAUCCCUUCCAAUAUGUUGAAGAACUUCCGGGAGCUGUCCCUGGAACAGGUUGAACCGGUGAGGAGCUCACAGGAGUUAAGGAAAAGGAUCAGGAACAAAGACUGUAGCCAGAAGCUGAUGGCAGCCCUAGUGAUGGCCCAAGAUGCCCAGCGGAUCAGUAUUCAGGAUCGACUUAGCUUGUUUGGCUUCCACAUCCGCUAUAAGGAAGAUGCAGCAGAGUCUGGCAGCAGUGAAGAGGGAAGAGACUUAUUUUUCCAAGAGGCUAAAAAGCCCCACAGAGCUGGAAACUCAAAUUCUUAUAUUUCAAAGGAAGAAAACAAGGAAUCCUGUUCAACUAAGUGCAAUUUAGGAUGUACCUCCAAGAAGAAACUUAAACUAAAAGGAGUUGGGGACAUGACAGAUGAGCAAGAUGAAACCCCUAAAAGGAAGAAAAAUAAGUUCCCUUCACAAGACAGUACCUCAGUGGAGGAAAAAGGAAGCAGUGGUAAUUCACAUCCUGACCAAUCAGGUCUUAACAAAAAAUUUACAGCUCCCCAAAGAAAGACCACAGUGACCAAAUUGCCUGGGAACAGAGGAAAAAGUGCUUUCCAAAACCAGUUCCCACCAACCCCAAGUCAAGCUUUGCCUUUGGUGGAAGCAGGAAAAAAAAGUGAUCCCCAGUGGUCUCUGAUACUGAUGUCCAGAAACCCUCCCCCUGAGAAUAAGGGCUCCAAUGACCUGAACCCAGAACAGCUCAUGGAAGAAGUUAGAGAAGGGAUUAACCAAAAAGUAGAACAACAAAUUCCCAUAGCAGAGAAGGAUGAGAUCUCUUUGGUUCUAUCUGAGGAAUAAUUGUAUGUAACUUCAUUUUUCAUUCUUCCCUCCCUCCUCAGCAACUUAACUUUUUCAGUGUAUUAUAUUUGUUUAAAGUUGUAUAACUUUGUUUAAACUUUGUAUAAAGUUUAUAUUUGUUAAUAUUGUUUGUUUGAACUCAAAUUUGAGCAAUAAUAAAGCAAGUUACUGAUUUAA